GUGACGGGUCACUAUGGCCCAGUCGUCUCACUGGAAGAUGCCGUCAAAGCACUCCUACGUUGCCAUGGCGAUGGCGGAAGUGACGUCCUGCCGUAAAGCUGCGCCAGGGAACGACCGGCGCCGCCAUCUUUGAAGGGGGUAAUGGCGGCGUCCUGCGCUCGGUUGACCCGUCUUCGCCCUCGCCCCGUACGGCUGCUCUCCUCCCGCACUCGGCACUCCGAAAGCUCAGACACUAGAGCGGGCGCCGCCAAGGCCAUCAGCUUCUGCCCACCUGUAGACUCCAAAUAUGACUGGAUUGGUCCCCCCGAUAGAUAUUCCAAUAUUCGACCAAUAAAAUACUUUGUCCCAGCAGAUGAGUCUCCUUUGGAAAGAAAACUCCGGGAAUUGCGCCAGGAAACACAAGAUUGGAAUCAAAAGUUCUGGGCAAAUCAGAAUCUGACUUUCAUUAGGGAAAAAGAAGAAUUUAUCAUCUUAAAACUUCGUGCCUUGGGUUUGGGGCAGAGAGAUGAAGAAGGACGUAAAAGGACAUUGGAUGCAGAAGUGAUGGCGGAUUUUUAUAAGAAUUUCCUGGGCAAGAACUUUUCAAAACAUGCUCAGUAUAACAGAGAAUGGUACAAGAGGAAUUUUACCAUCACAUUUCUCAUGGGGCAAGUCGCAUUACAGAGAGCGUUGAAGAAGAUUGGCUGGAGAUAGACUACACUG